CAGAGCGGGUUCUCUCUCAGCUGAUUGAACAUUUCAGGUGUGUCGUGCGCGGUUUCCUUGGGCUCGGGUAUAUGACACAGGAAACAGUGUCGCAUGCUUCUUGUACGAAAAGUCGUCACAUUUAUCUUGUCUGCGCUGAGCAUCGAUUUUCUCCACGCAAAAGUUUUUCCCACGCUGCCUGAGACCCACCACGGUUUACUUACGUGUUGGUCACUUCUCAUUGGUUUCCCAUGGCUACACGUGUGCGACCGAGUAGUAAACGGUGUGCGGUCAUCGGGGGGUCCGGUUUCUUGGGCAGACACCUGGUGGAGAAGCUGCUGGACCGAGGCUACUCUGUUUCUGUGUUUGACAUCCGUCAGAGCUACGAGCUGCCCGGCGUCACCUUCUACCAGGGAGACCUGUGCGACAAACAAGCUCUGCUGGCAGCUCUGAAGGAUGUGUCCUUGGUCUUUCACUGUGCCUCUCCAUCGCCUGCCAGUGACGACCGUGCUCUGUUUGAGAGGGUCAACAUCCAGGGCACACAGACUGUUAUCCAGUCCUGUAUAGAGUCUGGAGUACAGAGGUUGGUCCUGACCAGCAGUGCCAGCGUGGUGUUUGAGGGGACUGACGUUAAGAACGGGAGAGAGGAUCUGCCGUAUGCCAAGAAGCCCAUUGACUACUACACAAAGACCAAAAUUGAGCAGGAGAAGCUGGUCCUCAAGGCUUGUGACAAGCAAAAGGGCUUCCUCACAGUUGCAAUUCGGCCUCACGGCAUCUUUGGUCCUCGAGAUCCACAGCUGGUUCCCAUCCUGGUGGACACGGCUCGCAGGGGCAAAAUGAAAUUCAUCAUUGGUGAUGGAACCAAUCUGGUAGAUUUCACCUUUGUGGAGAAUGUAGUUCAUGGACACAUUCUGGCUGCUGAACGGCUGAGAGCAGACUCCCCCAUAUGUGGGAAGCCAUAUCACAUAACCAACGAUGAGCCAAUUCGCUUUUGGGACUUCAUGUCUCAAGUAUUGGUGGGUCUUGGAUAUCCUCCUCCCCGCUACCACCUGCCUUACAGUUUGGUGUACGGACUGGCGCUUCUCCUCUGGCUGCUGUCCGUACUAUUGAGUCCUUUAAUAUCUUUCAAGCCAACCUUUACACCGAUGAGAGUGGCUCUGGCUGGAACCCACCACUACUACAACUGUAAACGUGCCAAAGAAGACCUGGGCUACACACCGGUGGUCAGCCUGAAGGAUGCGAUUGCACGCACCGUAGAGAGCUAUCCUCAUCUCAGAUGCGAGGCUUGACAGGUGGCUGGAAUUAGAGACUGCUGAGACAUGUAGAGCUCUGGGCAUUUAUACAAUUAAACUCAUAAUGAGAAUAAUGUGAUGCGGUAAUACUAAAUGGAAAAUGAUGGAAGUCACUAGUGAUAGAUAAAUUUCACCAUGUGAAGCAUUUGUAUGCCUUUUUUAUUUUUCAUGUAGCAUUCCACCAGUAGAUGGCAGCAGAUGGUACUUGUGCCCUUAUUGCAGUCUGAUCAUACACAAACUGCAGAGUACAUCCACUCUUAAUGCCAGUACAGUGAUCACAGCUGAUUUUUGUUGUCUUCUGUUCUUUGUACUUGUAAACACUGAGAUGCUGCUCUUGAGAUUUCAAAAUGCCUUCAUACAUUCCUCCACAUGCUCUUGAUAGAACAUAUAUAUAUUUACAUGCGUGUAAUAUAUGAUUAUGUGAAUGUUUGGCCUGGAAUAGACGUUGCACAAGUUUCUGACAUGCUGUUAAGUGAAAUCUUCAGCGAUACUGUAGACAGUCUUGUGCUUACAUAUUUGUUCCAACUGUCUGGGCAGAAAGUCCUUUGCUGAUUAAACUUGACAAUGCCCUCAUGCACAACGUGAGGUUUUCUUAGGAAAUGUUUUUCAGAGUUUGGAGUGAAAAGAACUUGAAUGGCCUUCACAGAGCCCUGACUUCAACCCUGUCACAUACCUCUGGGAUAGCUUAACUGGCUGAUUGUAAACCAGGUCUUAUUGCCUAACAUCAGUGGUUGACCUCGCUGAUCAUCUCGUAGCUGAAAGGGGACAAAUCCCUGCAGUCAGGUUCCAGAAGUAUGUGGAAAACUUUUCUAAGAGAAUUGACUGCACCGUCACUGCAAACAUGCCCACGCAAACAAGGCUCUCAGACGCAUCCUUCAGCCAUAAACCGAUACAGAAUUUCAUUGAAACACUAAUUGGUUAGAAAUGCAUCUGCAGUGUGGGACAUUACAGAAAAAACAAGUCCUAACUUGUUUGGCGUCACGACAGAAAUCAGGAUUUUGACAGCCAAUACAUUUGGGUCUCUCUUUAUUACACACUGUGUUGAAGCCAAGGGGAUUUCUUUGUUGUUGUUUUUUUUGUAGUUGUGGUAGUUAGUGCAGGUUUAUUAUCUGCUCUUUGCUUACCUGGCAGCACUUUUACAAAGUUGCCCACACCUUGCCUGCAGGGCA